UAGCUCUCCAUCCUGUGUCACUGAGACUCGUCCUGGAUGCGCGACGGUCCAACGCCUCACCUGGCGCUUUGUGUGCAGCUGCUGGAUGCUGGACUCCGGGAGUUACAAGAGGAAACUGGUCUGCGGCUGGAACCAGAUCAGCUUUCUUCAAAGAUCCUGGGACUGUGGGAGUCGGUCUGUCCUCUGAUGUUGUCCAGAGGACUUCCUCACAGACAUCACAUCGUCAUCUACAUACUGCUAAACUCCGCCCUCUCACAUCUGCAGCUGCAGGCUGCUCUGAGGCCGUCGCCGGCUGAGGUCAGUGCGUCUCUGUGGGUCGACGCCCGGCUGGUUGGAGCCGUGGUGUCGGCUGUGGACUGUGAGGAUGCCGAGGUCCAAGUGGAUGAGCUGCCACCGAGUGUCAGCAUAUCACAGGUUGGUUCAGACGGGUUGCUGUAUAACUCCAUGUUGCCACUGGACGUCCUGGUCAGCCGAGCACCAGCCAGCGGUCCAGAUGUGGAGCGUGUCAGCACGGGGACCAAGUUUGCCCUGGAGCUAUGGCUGAAGAAUCUGAAGACAUCUGACCUUUGACCCCCUGUAGGGAGGAUGGAGAGCUUCUGUUUCCUAGCUGAUAUUUUUUCAAAGUUUAAUUUGGAGAAUUAGUUUUAAUGUCAAGUGUCCUCUGAGUCAGAGACAAGCUGCCUGAAAUAAGAAGCUGAAGCUUCUGGUGCAGCAGACGCACGCUGUCAACAUAGCAGCAUCCCGCCUUUCAAAGUGAUAUGAAAUCUAUUUUUAUGCCACUAGAUGUCACACUAGUGCCACAUUUCAGGAUGUAAACAAAGCUUCUUUCCUAAGCCACUCCUCCUCAAUCCUCCUCCUCGUCCCCACGUCAAGCAGAAGGACUGGUAGCUGGAGCCUUUUAACAGGUCUAACCACUGUGUUGGGAAAAUUCAGAUAUAUGUGGAUUCAUGUCCAACUGUGUUCAUAAGAGAUAUUUUAACCUCUAAAUCAGAGUUUUAAAUAUAUUUCUGUGAAUCUUUUUGCUGACUGCCAUAUUAUGGAGAAAAAAA